AUGAACGACCUUUUCUCUACGAGCUCGUUCAAGAAGUAUGCGGACGCGAGCCCGCAGGGUGCGGGCGGCGGCGACAUGGAGGCCGGCGGCGAGAGCGUGGCGAACCUGGACAUGUUCUUCGAGGAGGUGGAGGCGGUGAAGGAGGACAUGCGCGGCUUCGAGACCCUGUACAAGCGGCUGCAGUCGACGAACGAGGAGACCAAGACGGCGCACGAGGCCCGCGCCAUCAAGUCCCUCCGCUCCCGCAUGGACGGCGACGUGGAGCAGGUGCUGAAGCGCGCCAAGGCCGUCAAGGCCAAGCUCGAGGCGCUCGACAAGGACAACGCCAACUCCCGCAAGGCCCCCGGCUGCGGCCCCGGCUCCUCCACCGACCGCACCCGCACCUCCGUCGUCGCCGGCCUCGGCAAGAAGCUCAAGGACAUCAUGGACGACUUCCAGGGGCUGAGGACGAGGAUGGCGGCGGAGUACAAGGAGACGGUGGCGCGGCGGUACUACACGGUGACGGGGGAGCACGCGGAGGAGAGCACGAUCGAGUCGCUCAUCUCGUCCGGGGAGAGCGAGUCGUUCAUGCAGAAGGCGAUCCAGGACCAAGGGCGCGGGCAGGUGAUGGACACCAUCUCGGAGAUCCAGGAGCGGCACGACGCCGUGAAGGAGAUCGAGCGCAGCCUCAUGGACCUGCACCAGGUGUUCCUCGACAUGGCGGCGCUCGUCGAGGCGCAGGGCCACCAGCUCAACGACAUCGAGAGCCACGUCGCGCACGCCAGCUCCUUCGUGCGCAGGGGCACCGUCGAGCUCGAGACGGCGCACGAGAUCCAGAAGGACAGCCGCAAGUGGAUGUGCUUCGCCGUCCUCGGCGGCAUCGCCAUCGUCAUCGUCCUCGUCACGCCCGUGCUCAUCAACCUCCACAUCUUGACGCUCAGAUGA